AUUCAGUUAAUACCAGAAAUGUUAUAAUCAUAUCUACGAGUGCGAAAGUCACGCUUUACACAAAAUAUCUAAAACAUUAAAAAAGUGUAGCCAAAAAAAAAAAAAAAACGAGGCACAGAUUUUAUCUUUGCAAGCAAAAAAGCACCAAGUAAGACAAUCCAAAAACAAUAUCUCGUAAACACCUUUAGCCAUUUCUUGGCAAGAGUAAAAGGAAAUAAAUGAAAUUAGUCUCCCACAAAUUGUGAUAUAUUUACUUGAGUAUCAUUUGCAGCUACGACCAAUGUCGUGGUGGAUGACCUCUCUAUGGCAGUUUCUCUUGCUGUCGUCAUCGUUUGCUGCUGCUGCAGCCGGCGAUGGCAGGCGGCAGAGCGUCACUGCAGAGCACGGGGUCGUGGCCACUGACCACGGCCUGUGCUCGAGGAUCGGGAGGGACGUGCUCGUGGAGGGCGGACAUGCAGUGGACGCGGCUGUGGCCGCCACCCUCUGCCUCGGAGUCGUCAGCCCCGCCUCCAGCGGCAUUGGCGGCGGCGCGUUCAUGCUGGUCCGUCUAGCCGGUGGCGACGCGGAAGCCUACGACAUGAGAGAAACGGCUCCAAAACAUGCUUCCGAGAACAUGUAUGCAGGGAAUGCUGCUCUGAAAGCUAGCGGGGCGCUGUCCGUAGCAGUUCCUGGCGAGCUGGCGGGUCUGGCGGAGGUCUGGAGGAGACACGGCCGGCUUCCAUGGAGGAGGCUGGUUGCACCCGCCACGCUAGUUGCAGAGAAGGGGUUCAAGAUAUCGCCGUAUCUGCAUAUGCAGAGUGAGCUCGGAGUCGAAGAUUAUGGCCUGCUAAGGCCGGGCGAUGUGUGCCACAACAAGCCUCUGGCGAAGACGCUUGCUGUGAUCUCAAGGGCGGGAAUAAGGGUAUUUUAUAACGGCUCUGUCGGGCAAAGCCUGGUCAGGGACGUGGGGAAGGGCGGAGGAGUGUUAAGUAUGGAGGACUUGGAGAGGUACAGAGUGGAGCUGAGGAGAGCGGUGAGGGCGAACGUGAUGGGAGUGGAGGUGGUAGGCAUGCCCCCGCCUUCGUCUGGGGGGGCGGCUAUGGUGCUUAUGCUGAACAUUCUGGCGGGGUACAGGGACAACUCGGAUAUUCCGAGGUCCCUGAUGGUCCACCGCCAGAUUGAGGCUCUGAAGAACGCAUUUGCGGUGAGGAUGAACCUCGGCGAUCCGGAUUUUGUCGACGUGCGACGGGUGUUGAAGGAUAUGUUGUCCGAAGAAUUUGCUGCGCAGCUGAGGAAGACUAUUUUGGACAAUACAACGUUUAAUUCCAGCCAUUAUGGUGGGAGAUGGAACCAAAUCCACGAUCACGGCACGAGCCACAUUUCCAUCGUGGAUAGUGAACGCAAUGCAGUGUCCAUGACCACCACCAUCAACUCGUAUUUCGGAUCCAAGUUCAUGUCGCCAAGCACCGGAAUCAUCCUCAACAACGAAAUGGAUGACUUUUCCGUGCCUGAAAACGCCACAACAGACGCGCCGCCUCCUGCUCCGGCCAACUUCAUCCUCCCUGGGAAGAGGCCGUUGUCGUCCAUGACGCCUACAAUCCUUCUCAAGAAUGGAGAGCUGAAAGCAGUUAUAGGUGCAAGUGGAGGGGCAAUGAUAAUAGCAGGAACAACUGAAGUUUUGCUAAACCAUUUAGCAAGAGGGAUGGAUCCACUCUCUUCUGUUGUAGCUCCAAGGUCUUACCAUCAACUCAUCCCCAACGUACUUCAGUACGAGAACUGGACGGUGCCAACGGGCGGCCAUUUUGAGGUACCGGUCGAGACGAGAGCCGAGCUGGCAAAGAAGGGCCAUGUCCUUGAGAGCCUUGCCGGUGGCACAAUAUGCCAAUUUGUGGUUCAACAAAUGAAUGGCUCAAUGCUUGUUGGUGUGAGUGAUCCUAGAAAGGGUGGAUUUCCAGCUGGUUUUUGAGCAAUAUCAAGAUUCACCUCCAAUUUGUUCUCAUAUUCUAUAAAAGAAAACAAGAGUAAUGACAUUCAAUGCGACUUAGUUGGUGGAAUGAACAAUUUCGAUCUGAAUCCCACCAA